CCGGCGCCAGGCGCCCAAUUCCGGAAGGCGCUGCCUGGUUGUGGCGGUGCUUUCUGCGUCGGCGAUUAGCGUUUCUUCUCUGCGGGUCAAGGAAUAAGGGGCAGCGCCAUGGUCGAGGAGGUGCAGAAACAUUCCGUACACACACUCGUGUUCAGGUCUUUGAAGAGGACCCACGACAUGUUUGUAGCUGACAAUGGGAAACCUGUGCCUUUGGAUGAAGAGAGUCACAAACGAAAAAUGGCAAUCAAGCUUCGUAACGAGUAUGGCCCUGUGUUGCAUAUGCCUACUUCAAAAGAAAAUUUUAAAGAGAAGGGCCCUCAGAAUACUGCGGAUUCGUACGCUCAUAAACAGUACCCUGCCAAUCAAGGACAAGAGGUUGAAUAUUUGGUGACAGGUACACACCCAUAUCCACCAGGACCAGGAGUUGCUUUGACAGCAGAUACCAAGAUCCAAAGAAUGCCAAGUGAGUCAGCUGCACAGUCCUUAGCGGUGACACUGCCUUCCUCUCAGGCCAGGGUGGAUGCAAACCGUACAGCGCCUGGUGGAAGCGAGUACCGGCACCCUGGGGCUGCCGACCGUCCUCAGCCCACGGCCGUGAACUCGAUUGUUAUGGAGACUGGUAACACCAAGAAUUCUGCACUGAUGGCUAAAAAGGCCCCCACAAUGCCAAAGCCCCAAUGGCACCCACCGUGGAAGCUCUACAGGGUCAUCAGUGGGCACCUGGGCUGGGUUCGCUGCAUCGCCGUGGAACCGGGAAAUCAGUGGUUCGUUACUGGGUCUGCUGACAGAACCAUAAAGAUCUGGGACCUGGCUAGCGGGAAGUUGAAGCUGUCCCUGACAGGGCACAUCAGCACCGUGCGGGGCGUGAUCGUCAGCACGCGGAGCCCAUACCUGUUCUCCUGCGGGGAGGACAAGCAAGUGAAAUGCUGGGACCUGGAGUAUAACAAGGUUAUACGGCAUUAUCAUGGCCACCUAAGCGCGGUGUACGGUUUGGACUUGCACCCAACGAUCGACGUGCUGGUGACCUGCAGUCGAGAUUCAACUGCGCGAAUCUGGGAUGUGAGGACUAAAGCCAGUGUACACACGUUAUCUGGACACACAAAUGCAGUUGCUACGGUGAGGUGUCAGGCCGCAGAACCACAGAUUAUUACUGGAAGCCAUGACACUACAAUACGAUUGUGGGAUCUGGUGGCUGGGAAAACAAGAGUGACCCUAACAAAUCACAAGAAGUCGGUCCGGGCUGUGGUUCUCCACCCACGACAUUACACGUUUGCGUCUGGUUCUCCAGAUAACAUAAAACAGUGGAAAUUCCCUGAUGGAAGUUUCAUUCAGAAUCUUUCUGGUCAUAAUGCCAUUAUUAACACAUUGACAGUAAAUUCCGAUGGCGUGCUUGUAUCUGGAGCCGACAACGGCACCAUGCACCUGUGGGACUGGAGAACCGGCUACAAUUUCCAGAGAGUUCACGCAGCUGUGCAGCCUGGGUCCUUGGACAGCGAGUCGGGGAUAUUCGCGUGUGCUUUUGAUCAGUCUGAAAGUCGAUUACUAACAGCAGAGGCCGAUAAGACCAUUAAAGUGUACAGGGAGGAUGAUACGGCGACAGAGGAAACUCACCCCAUCAGCUGGAAACCAGAAAUUAUCAAGAGAAAGCGGUUUUGAUGUGGUGGCGUCCUCACUGCGGCUCCUGUGUACAGCUCGGCGUCCGUGAGGAGAUCCAGUCGUCCUGUGCCCUGGCUGGGACUGUAAAGCAGACACGCACCGCUUGAAACACUGCUGCUUCAUGUUCUACAAUAAACCGCCCCCGCCCCGCCCCGCAUUUUUAUUUUUCAAAUAAACAGUCUGAUCCUAGGUGGUAAGAUGCAAAUAUCAA